CCUUAGGCUUCCGUUCCUAAGAGUGUUAAUUGUAUGAAAAAUGGACGAAGUUGAAAAAUUAGAGCACCUUUCGCUCGUUUCAAAAAUAUGUACGGAAUUAGAGAAUCAUUUAGGACUAAACGACAAAGAUUUAGCUGAAUUCAUAAUUCACUUGGCGGAAGCGAAUAACACCUUCGAUAAGUUCAAGAAAGUACUCCUCGAAAAUGGGGCAGAAUUUUCGGAAUCCUUCAUGGCUAAUUUACUCAGGAUAAUACAGCACAUGAAACCUUCCAAGUCACACGAGAGAACAGACAAGACUACGGCUAAACAAGACGAACUGGCUCAGAAAUUCCCUGCUCUGGCUAUGCCAAACGAUGGUCCAAAGCUGGCAGAGACCAAAGAACUGAAAGACGAUGACAUAGUGAACAAUGUGAUGGCAAGUUUGGAAGAACUAGCACCGUCCAAGCAAGGUGUGAAAGAAGAGAGUAAACCUUCAGAGAGCAUUGAUAAAAAGAGCAGACACUCCGAUGACAGAAAGAGCAGAAGAAGCAGAUCGAAAGAAAGGAGAAGGCACAGAUCACGUUCGUCUAAUCGCAAAGACAGACGACACAGAUCUCGUUCGAGAUCACGGGACCGAUCUAGAUCCAGGGACAGAAGACGGCACAGAUCUCGCGAUCGUAGGAGAUCGAGAUCGCGCGAUAGAAAAUCUCACAGGGAUAAAUAUUCUAGAUCCGAACGGUCUAGAUCGCGAUCCGCGGAGGAGCUUUCGAUGGACCCAGAAGUAGGAAAGAUUUAUCCAGGGAAGGUCGCGAAUAUCGUACCAUUCGGUUGUUUCGUUCAGUUGGAAGGCUUGAAACGAAGAUGGGAAGGACUCGUUCAUAUUUCUCAAUUGAGGAGAGAGGGAAGAGUCGCCAGUGCGAGCGACGUCGUGUCCAGAGGACAGAAAGUACUCGUAAAGGUUCUCAAUAUCGGUGGACAGAAGGUUUCCCUGAGCAUGAAAGAUGUCGAUCAAGAAACAGGCACAGAUCUGAAUCCUGUGGUGGCUGUUACAAAGACUGAGGAAGACGAGAAGCAUUUAAGAAAUCCAGACAGGCCUACUUCGUUGUUAGAACUUCAAGGCAAUUGGGACGAAGAUGAAACAUAUUCGAGGAAACGUGUACAGAGAUUGUCGUCUCCAGAGAAAUGGGAGAUCAAACAGAUGCUCGCCGCUUCGUGCAUCGACAGAAGCGAACUACCUGAAUUCGACAUGGAAACGGGAAUUCUGCCGCGCGAAGAUGACGAAGAGGAGGACGUUGAGAUAGAAUUAGUGGAAGAGGAACCACCGUUUCUGCAUGGACACGGUCGAGCUCUGGGCGACCUGAGUCCGGUUCGCAUAGUAAAAAAUCCUGACGGUUCGUUGGCGCAAGCCGCGAUGAUGCAAAGCGCUUUGGCGAAAGAAAGAAGGGAACAGAAGAUGUUACAGAGGGAACAAGAGAUGGAUUCUGUUCCUACAGGAUUGAAUAAAAAUUGGAUCGAUCCUUUGCCAGAAGCUGAAAGCAGAACUCUAGCUGCGAACAUGCGUGGCAUUGGACUCCAGACUCAAGAUUUACCUGAAUGGAAGAAGCACGUGAUAGGAGGAAAGAAAUCAUCGUUUGGAAAGAAAACGAAUUUGACUCUCCUCGAGCAGCGUCAGAGUUUGCCAAUAUACAAACUCCGAGACGAUCUAGUCAAGGCCGUGACCGAUAAUCAAAUUCUAAUUGUAAUCGGAGAGACCGGCUCUGGAAAAACUACGCAGAUCACGCAGUAUCUAGCCGAGGCAGGAUUCACAGCUCGCGGAAAGAUCGGCUGCACCCAACCGAGGAGAGUAGCCGCGAUGUCUGUUGCUAAACGAGUAGCAGAAGAGUUUGGUUGUCGUUUGGGUCAGGAGGUCGGUUACACGAUCCGUUUCGAGGAUUGUACGGGCCCGGAAACUAAUAUAAAAUACAUGACGGACGGUAUGCUGCUACGAGAAUGUUUGAUGGAUCUCGAUUUGAAAACGUAUUCCGUGAUUAUGUUGGACGAAGCGCAUGAACGUACUAUUCACACGGAUGUUCUGUUCGGAUUAUUAAAGCAAGCCGUAGGACGGAGGCCAGACUUAAAGUUGAUCGUAACCAGUGCUACUUUGGAUGCGGUCAAAUUUUCUCAGUACUUCUUCGAAGCGCCUAUCUUCACGAUUCCCGGAAGAACGUUCGAGGUCGAAGUGAUGUACACGAAAGAACCGGAGACAGAUUACUUAGACGCGGCACUGAUCACGGUGAUGCAGAUACAUUUAAGAGAACCACCAGGAGAUAUACUUCUCUUUUUAACUGGUCAGGAAGAAAUCGACACGGCCUGCGAAAUAUUGUACGAACGUAUGAAGUCUCUAGGACCCGACGUACCCGAAUUAAUUAUUCUCCCUGUAUACUCUGCCCUGCCUUCCGAGAUGCAAACUAGAAUAUUCGAGCCUGCACCUCCUGGCUCCAGAAAAGUAGUAAUAGCCACUAAUAUAGCCGAAACUAGUUUGACCAUCGAUGGAAUUUAUUACGUGGUCGAUCCGGGAUUCGUUAAACAGAAAGUGUAUAAUUCGAAAACGGGAAUGGACAGUCUUAUCGUGACGCCGAUUAGCCAAGCAGCUGCGAAACAAAGAUCGGGCAGAGCUGGCCGCACUGGCCCUGGCAAGUGUUACAGACUUUAUACAGAGAGAGCGUACAGAGAUGAAAUGCUUCCGACGCCAGUACCGGAGAUCCAACGUACAAAUCUAGCAACUACUGUGUUGCAAUUGAAAACUAUGGGCAUUAACGAUUUAUUGCACUUCGAUUUCAUGGACGCUCCGCCUGUGGAAUCUUUGAUCAUGGCUCUGGAGUCUCUGCACAGUUUAAGCGCGUUGGAUAACGAGGGUUUGCUGACUAGAUUGGGUAGGAGGAUGGCAGAGUUCCCUCUGGAGCCUAAUUUAUCUAAAAUGCUCAUCAUGAGUGUACACCUUCAAUGUUCCGACGAGAUACUGACCAUCGUUAGCAUGCUGUCAGUUCAGAACGUCUUCUACAGACCGAAAGACAAACAGGCCUUGGCGGAUCAAAAGAAAGCCAAAUUCAAUCAGCCUGAGGGAGAUCAUUUAACUCUGCUGGCCGUUUACAACUCGUGGAGAAAUAAUAAGUUUAGCAAUGCGUGGUGCUACGAGAAUUUCGUGCAGAUCAGAACACUGAAACGAGCUCAGGAUGUUCGUAAACAAUUGUUGGGAAUAAUGGACAGACACAAAUUGGACGUGGUGUCCGCUGGCAAGAACACCGUGCGAAUUCAGAAAGCUGUUUGCUCGGGUUUCUUCAGAAACGCCGCGAAGAAGGAUCCUCAAGAGGGUUACAGGACUUUGGUAGACAGUCAGGUUGUCUACAUUCAUCCCAGUAGCGCUUUGUUCAACAGGCAACCCGAAUGGGUCAUCUAUCAUGAAUUGGUUCAGACGACGAAAGAAUACAUGAGGGAAGUGACUACGAUCGAUCCGAAAUGGUUAGUGGAAUUUGCCCCGGCGUUCUUCAAGUUCAGCGAUCCGACCAAGCUGAGUAAAUUUAAGAAGAAUCAACGACUCGAACCGCUUUAUAACAAGUACGAAGAGCCGAACGCUUGGCGAAUAUCAAGGGUUCGAAGGAGGCGUAAUUAAGACGUUUAUUAUACAAUUUGUAAAUAGUAUUUUGUACAGAGUCACUAUUUAAACGCUAUCGCGAAUAAACAUAUAUAUAUAUCUAUA